UGGCAACCAAUAAACAUAUGGUUUGAAAGUGGGCGUUUCUUGUGAUUCUUGAAAAGAUUUUGCGACUUUGCGACGCACUGGAGCUCCAUUUCUCUGUGGGAGUGGCUGCAUGAUCUGCUAAACAGCUACUUCUGAGGACUUGAGGAUGCGGCUACUCCUUUUACUAUUACUAUUAUAUGGAGUUUCAUACACUCACUGCAACUCAUCAGGUUUAACUAAUUGUACUGACUAUUUACUUGAUUUGAAUGUAACUGAUGGAUGCGAUGAUUUAAAUGGGGGUCAUCUCUACUUUAACAGUUCUGAAGGAUACCUUAUUGAUAUAGAAAGUUAUGAUGCAAAUAAUGCUGACACAUGGAAUAAUAUAUCUGUAGCUAUAAUGCAAAAUGUGAGCAACAGUGGAGAAACCAUUGAUCUUCAAAUACAAGAAGCUAUUUCUGCAGGCCGUCUUCCAAACGAUACUUUAGUUGGUAGCACAGUUUCUCAGGAGAUUGCCAAUAACGUUUAUCUCAGUACAAUUCUUGGAGGAAGCAUAUAUCGUGCUUAUAAGUACACUCCAAACUCGCCGGCUGAUGCUAAAGAUUUUGUUAAUGCAACAUUGGGGUCUUUGAGAUACAAUCAUGGGGAUCUUAAUGACUUCAGCCCAAAAAACAUUUGCAUUAUAGUCACUACUAAUGCAACCGAAAUCCAGGUUGCUUGCACUAGCAUUACGUUUGUAGGAACAAACUCCCAGCCGCCUAGAAUUUUAUAUGACGGUCCCACGUUUAAUUUCACAGAAGGUCAAGAUGUACCAGUAUUAGUAGUUUCUGAUGAUUUGACUGUUACUGAUCCAGACAAUCCAAUGUAUUUAAUGGAAAGUGCUACAGUAACAUUACUAGGUGCUCUGGAAAUGUAUGAAACACUAGGUAUUGAAGGAUCAUUUUCUUCUUUUUACCAUACAUAUGAUCCUGAAACUGGUCAAUUGACUAUCAAUGGAAGUGGGACUACUGAAGCUUAUGAGGAAAUUUUUGAGGCUGUUGUAUAUAGGAACAUUGAUCCUGAACCAGCUCAAGAUACACAAUUCAGAAAAAUUACAUUUAGUUUAUUUGAUGGAAUUUACUUAGGACAACUUGACAUAAGGCUAUUGCUUAUCAAUCGUAAUGAUGUCCCAACAAUUGUCUUUAGUGAAGAAAGGAUUACAACAUACCAUGAAAGAAAUGGAUCAGUUAAAAUAGACCCUAGCCUGAUGGUAGUUGAUGCAGAUCCAGGGGAAAUGAUACAAAAAGUUGUCAUUACAUUAUACAGUGAAGAUACUAAUUUUGAAAGCAUCAAUAUACCUAAUAACAUCAUUACACUUGAAUCUGAUCAGUUUAAUGUAUCUAAGGAACAAGAGGAAAUAAUAAUUCAAGGUAGCGCCUCUCCUUCGGAUUAUGAUAAUUUACUACAAAAUUUGGCAUAUGAACAUACAAGCAUACAUCCUGGUAAUCCUACUGUAGGCAACAGAACAAUUGGUUUUUUUAUUGAAGAUGGUGAAAACUAUAAAACAGUGAACUUCACUUUCACUAUUGAGCCAGUCAAUGAUCCACCAGAAAUCUCAUUCAACAACAACCUUACACUAAAGAGCAUCCAUUACACUGAAGAUGAUCCUCCAUUACUAGUAGCAGAGGAUUUGAUAUUGUCUGAUAUCGAUAGCAAUAUUUCUAAUGCAAUACUUGUCUUUACUGGACUCUCCAAUGGGCCUUCAGAUUACUUUUCUGUUAAUUCCAGCUUCAUUGCAGCUUAUGGACUUCAAGUCAACAUCAGUGACUAUACCAGCAAUAGAACUAUGAUUGUCCACGGCAGUGCAUCACCUGCAGCAUAUGGAAAGGUGCUGCAAUCACUAGCGUAUGUCAAUUUGCUUAAAAAUAACUCCAUUACCAAUGGAGUUCGUAAUAUCACUCUUCAAAUAACUGACAUUGGUGACUUGGACAGCUCUAUUCUUACGAUAAUGCUGACAGUGAGAAGCAGGAACGAUGAGCCUAAUCUCGUUAUUGAUGAAAUCAUUCAAUACACUGAAACUCCAACUGAACCGCCUGAGAAUGUACACAUUGUUACACUCCAUCUUGUAAGCAUUAUAGAUGAAGAAAUGGAUAACAUCUCAAGCAUAAACAUCACUUUGACAGCCACAAACGGAGCCCUGGAUGAGAAUGAACAAAUCUAUAUUGCAGGCAGUAAUGAUCUUCUUAAUAAAGCCAUUGUGACCUCCACUUCAAUCUACAUACCUUGUGAAGGAACAGUUACUGAGUAUGUACAAGUCUUACGGUCCAUCAAAUAUGUCAAUUCCGAGGAAGAGCCUACAUAUUAUGCAAAUCCAGCCACAAGGGAAAAGCUUCAAAGAGUAAUCAUAGUAGAACUGACUGAUAAUAAUGCAACCAGCCCAUCAACUGCUACACAUCGCAUUCUUGUAAACUUGACACUUAUUAAUGAUAAUAAUCCUAAUAUUAGUCUGAGAUUCACUGAUGGCUCUUCUUGUGCUGUUUCUCGGCCAGGGGGCUCAAGAUUGCAUGUAAAUAGACGAAGCACUCGGUCUGUUAGGAGCAACUCGUCACAGAAAAGACUACAAAUAAAGAGGAAAGGGAGAACCAUGCUUAGACCUGGGCUACUAAUUGAAUCAGCUUAUAGUCGGUCUUCAUCCCUGCUGGAGAAUGUCACAUGUCUCUCAAAUAUUACCAUCACUUUUAACGCUAACACAACAACUCCGUCUGUUGGUGUCAAAUGGGACCUACACUCUAUUCUGAGGCUCUCACCAUCUGAUCUCAAUCUAUUGCCUCAUUAUGGAAAAUGGACGGACCAACAGACACUGGUCAUCAACUUUAUGGGUUGCUACCAAUUCAAAGAGCAGGAUAUACAUGUUGCUUUUCUAGAACAAAAAGGUCAUUGCAAUGCUUCAACUCCAUGCACUGUUGGAGUAUGCUUCAUGAAUAAGACCGGCUGUCCUUACGUUGGCUUGCAUCGGAUCAACCACACUGAGCCUCUACCAACGGACAAUCAAACUACAACGAGUGACCCAAUCCCUUAUCAGCGUCAGUUCCUCAUUUCUUAUAUAUUCAUCACGGUUGUCUUUGGAUCGAUACUGGUCAUCCUCAUGAUCAGUGUUGGAGUGGUGUAUCGCAUAGAAAGGAAUAAAGCAGUCAAGCAGCUCUCAUCAUCAAAGGUGCAAGAGGUAAAGCCUGGUCCUGAGACCCUCAAACCAGCAACAAGCAAUGAUUCCACAAUUGCUAAAGAGAAACUACCAGAAAAAAGCAAAGAGAAUAAAGAUGAGCCAGUCAUUAAAGCAAUGGAUGAAAAAAGUGAUGCAGAAGAAGUUGAAAAGAAGGAGAAGCCAAAGAUACCAGAGUCACAGAAGUUAUCAAUAGCUAAGACACAGCCUGUACAGCACCAGAGUAGCAGCAGUAAUCCCAGGAAGAGCCCCAGCAGAGAAAGGAGUGUCAGUCCGAAUAAAAGAAGUACAAACAGUUCAAAAAAUCAGUCGUCAGCAAAACUAUAAGCACAAUAGGUUACAAACAAGUUUUUAACAUAAUUUAUUUUUAUUAUUUUUAUUGCAACUUUUUACUUUUUUUCUUUGCAUCAUAAUAGUAGAUUUGCACUUUUGUACACUAAAAUACAUGUACAUGUAUACUCUCUCUCUCCCUCUUCUUUUCUAUCAUUUGCCUUUCCUGUCCACUUUAUAUUAUUUAAUACCAUUCUUAUUAAAAAUUUGUAUUAAGUUUUGUCAAUGCCUUACCAAA